AUGAUAGAAUUUUGUUACCUGAAGAACGCUAUUGUGUUCUACGGCGAGGAUCUCAAGUCUUCUACACAGUCGGCAACUUUCGGUAAACAUGUCUCUCUCUCUCCUUCUGUAUGUGUGGUUGUUGUUCAAUUAUCUCUGUGUGAUUCUCUAUAUGUUUUUGAGUCUGGUGAUGUUGUUGAGUUAAACUGUGUCAGUGUUACGAAAUGCCUGCUUUUGACAGUUUUAUGGGCAGCAGUGGCACAAAGUUUUGGAUUGGCUUUGGGAACUGGUUUAUGCAGGUUAAUUUGCAGCAAGGCUUUUGACAAGUUUUGUACUGUUAUAUGCAGCAUAACAUAG